AUGGAGCGGUGGAUCCGCUCGACGGACUGCCAAUCUCGGAAAUGGGCGAUCCAGAGGCUCGAAGGGGCCUUGGCCAGGCAGAGGGAAUUCGUGACCCGCAAGCGCGAGGCGCAGGAAUUGAAAUAUCCUCUGUCGGGUCAGAUCUCGCUAGUGCUCGAAGACUCUUUAAGUCGAAUUGCUCCAAAGCGGAGUUCGCCAUGUCGUUGCCGCCGUACAGUGACAGUCCCACCCCGACGCCCUUUCGGAGUCCAGUGGAAAACUGAUUUGCCUCCAUCUUACGACGACAUCACAAAUCCGAAUGCUCCCCCUCCAUCCUACCAGUCGCUCUUUGGACAGGUUCGCGAGGUACACAAGACAUCCAACGGUGUGCUCGACUUCUUGCGAAGCGUCAUACUCCUCUUACUAGGCACCUUGGGAUGUUCAAUCUUGGUUGGUGUCACAGUCAUCAUUCCCGUCAGCAUGAUAGUGAUAGGUACCACGUACUUAAGUGACUGUCCAGCUGAAAAGUACAUCCCUAUUUUCCUUGUGAUGGGUGGAGUGUUUGGGGUGCUGAAAACACUACUUGACGUCUGUGGCAAGUGUCGACGUCCUGACAGUAGUGGGGAAGCUGGCCGCAACGUGGCGGAAGAGCAGCGCGCUGAAGAGCGCACUUGGAGCACGCUCGUCAAUUGUUUUCUUUUUGCCUGGUAUGUUGCUGGCUGCGUGUGGGUGUACCGUGCCUACCCUCCAGACUACACGAACAUCGAAAGCCCCGCAUAUUGUGACAGGACUUUGUACCUCUUUGCGUUCGGCCUCGUCACGGCGGGGCUGCUCUCGCUUGGAUUGGUGGCGGCCUGCCUCUGCUGCCUAACACUCUUCUCGUUGCUCUCGAGCAAGGAUUGAUAGCGGCAGAGCCCACCCACCGAUACCGGCCUGAAAAGCCCGCAGUCACGGAAGGCAUGGGGACCGCUCUCAAGCUCAAGACAUCCGUGCCCAGCUGCUCCUUUCGAAGCGAGUGCGUAAUGAAAGGCGUUGUGACCCGGUGAUACUGGAUUUCCAGCCGUGCAACAGCUACGCGAGGCUUCUCGAGAGUUCUGCUUUUACGUGCAGUGAAUGGUGGUCCAGGCAGUCGCGCAAUUGCUCCAUUUAUUUCUGUGAAUUUCUUGCUAAUAUGAAUGUUUGACUGGUGAAGGACACCAGUUGAAGAGCCUUUCCUACCAGAACAUGGGCACUGGGGUCGCAUUCCAUGGUGAUAUUUUUUUUUUUUUGUUUAGUACCACUUUUGGGUGCCGUAAUUGUGUUCUUAACAAGAUGUGCUUGCAGGUACACUGCAUUUGACUACUUUCAGUGGUUUAUUUAUUUUGAAUAGGCAAGAAAAGGUACCACACAUAUAGACUGCACGCAUGUGUCAGUCUGGACUGAAGUUAUCACUUACACACGCAUGAGAUCCAUGUGCGUAUUAAUACCCUUACAUAGAAGGUUAAACAACCACUGCAGCCGAAGAUGGUGUUACCUCAGAUGAUUCGAUGAUAUUUAUUCUUUGAGUCACAGAGAAAUGAGUUGAAAGAACUUAGUUGUCUAGGUUUUACAUCCUAAAACCAUGAUAUAACUGUCAGAGACGCCACGGUGGUAGGCUCCAUAAGUAUCAACCACCUGGGGAAUUUAACAUGCGCCUACAUAUAAAGAAAUGAGCCCUGUAGGAUUUUCCUUUUAUUGAAAUAUAGCUGCCACAUUGAACAUUCAAUUCCACGAUUACCAGGUCAGCAGCCAGGCACUAUGACCACUAGACUGCUGUAGCAGGUGUGUUUAAAUAGCUUGUACUAUAUACUAGUCUUCAUGUACUUGCAAUGUUGUCACCAGAUGCCCCCAACAAAUUGUCUGUACUCCAAAGGAAUCAAUGGAAUGUCUCAUUUGAUUCCCUUAACUCCAUUACUGCGUAUGAACAGCAGGUUAAAAACUUGCAAGUAGUGCACAAACGGUGUAUGUAAGUGGAAUAGUAGAGGUCCCACAACCUUUUAAGCUGCAAGAAACACCUGUAGCCCCUCCAGACAUAGUUGGCCAGCUGACUUCCUAGUUUACAACUGCGGCUCCCUUGUUUGCCAAGGUGGUGUAGCAGUUACGAUGCUCAGCUGCUGACCCAAAAAAUUGCGGGUCUGAUUCCAUGCUGUGGCGAUCAAAUUUUGGUUUAGGCAAUAUGCUAGAGGCCCGUAUACUGUGCGGUGUUGGUGCACAAUUAAAGAACACCUGCAUGGCUGAACUUUCCGAAGCCCACCACUGCGGUGCCUUUCACAAUCGUACCAUGUUUUGGGAUGUAAAACCCGAGAUAUUAUUGCAGCAGCUCCCUUAGAAAGCCUGCGCGAGCUGAAAGGCCAUGCCUCUCGUGCCAAAGCAUUGUUUAAGGGGCACGAACACAUUCGCAGCUGUCUUUUGGGUAUUGCAUAACCUGUACACGAGAUUGUCCUUUCUUCAAUACAGACUGCUGAGCUCCGCAGUUAUUUGUGGAAAGCAGCCUAUAUAUUUUGCCCUCUCUUGGAUACUAUGACUAAAUGCUCAGAGACAUUAAAAUUCUGGUUUAUGUCUACAGAAUAAAAGCUGAAUUUAUCGAGCUUGAAAUAAUGUCUGGGCAGCACAACGUGCUGCCCAGACCAAUGAAUGGAUAAAGCAUGUGUUGUACUCCCUAAUGGACUGCUUAUUGAAGCAGAAACAUUAUGUAUAAUAGUUGUAAUCAGUGUGGCAAAAAAAAAGAAAUAGUGCACACUAUACAGAGAAAGGCUGACUACAAAGAAAGUGAGAACAGAGCAUGUUUGAGAAUAUAAAUGUAGACCCAAAUCAAAAAUGACAUUGUGAACCCGAAUUGAUGUAGCCAUCUUUCAAUAAUUUUGUCAAAUUUUGCAUGCACAACCAUAAACAGUGCGCGAAAUUUUUGCAAAGAAACUUAGUUCCAUUUUCUCAACUAGGCCUAAAAUUAAUGGCGUAUUUGGUUGGCUGUACUGGUCCCCUGGCUCGAUGUCGCCAGAUGCCAAGGCAGCUCGCAAUUGGAGCACGAGAGGCAGCGUACCGAAUACGUUGGCAAUAUCAGAGCAGCGCGGAAAGAUGUCGGGUAUACAUUCCUGUGCCGCAUCGAAAAAUAGCACUGAUCAGUUCAGUGGACAUCUCUGAAAUAGCUGGACGCAGCGACAGACUUUCGAGCUCUGCACAUAAAUAUGGUGAUCGUCAUCAUCCGAGCUACUAUAUUCAAAACAAAUCGCGUGUCGGUCUGCGAGCUGCAGUAAUGGCAGCAUAGACGUUUGCUCCGCCAUUGCUAGCCGCCGCUUCUUUCAUAACAUGGUGUAUUUAUGGCUUCGUAGGUGUGAACUCGCACACACAUGCUGAGAAAUGCCACUAACAAUGCACGUGCAUGAAUCAUUAUGCACCCGGCGAUGUCCCUUUCCGAAAUGCACGCUCGCACUGUUGGCUUUGUUCACCUGGUUCGCCUGCCGGCAGCCACGUGGUUUGCCGGCUUGUGUCAUGUGAUUCGUUCUUCUGGUCAGGUCACGCCACGCUCUCGCUUCGAAGUCAGAGCAGUUGGGAGCACUCUGAGUCAGAGGCUGACGCUCUGAAAGAACCAACCGAAGGUGGUCCGAGCGCUCGAGUUCUACCCAUCGAAUGGUCAGUCACUUUGCAGAGCACUUCAGAGCACUCGUAAAUGUCCAACCGAAUACGCCGUAAGUGUUCACUUUAUGGUUGCCCAUCGAAGAUUUUUGGGCAUAAAUAUGUAUCCUGGUUAAUCUAUAACCAUAUUUUUUUCUGAGGUUGUUAUUCACUUAUCUAGCAGAGCAAUUUUGGGAAGGCACUUUCCAACAUCGAUUGUUCAGAGUAGUAAACUGCACUGUCUGUCACUCGACUUUGUCUUUGUUCUUGUGCUUCCAGUUAUAGUUUAAAAAGCUGACGUACAAAUUUGCAAGUAUAGCAUCCAAACUUGGUACUAAACAAAAUUUACAGCAUGCCACCACUACCCGAAAUGUGAUCAAAAACGAACCUGGCUGUCGCGUCAGUGUCACCUACUAUAGAACAGAAUGUUGAGGGAGGGUCUUUUGACGGAAUUGUGACAUGCUGUUUAUGCUGUAAGAACUGGCCUGUAAUUCUUUUCUGUGCAUUUGUCACCAAAGGGUGAAGUCGACCUCUAUUAAUAGAAUUUAGGACAUGCUGAAUUGGUUUGUGUGGCACAAAGAUUAGUUUAAAGAAUACUAAUCUUGCAUAAAAUCUAACAUCCAGUAUCUUUACUUAAAUUUUCUUGUUGUUUCCUUUGUGAACAUUUGUAAAAUUAAAUAGGUGCAUCAUAUCAGUAGCCUUGCUGAAAAGCCUAGCACACAUUUCGUUUGUGCAUCAAAAAAAAAAUUGUUAAAAGCAAAAUACUGCUUGCAUACCUUGAUUAUGAAUGGAAGUUGUCGACUUCAUGUCUUUGCUAUCGCUUACUCCUCGUUUUCCCGCCUGUGUUGUGGUAUUGUAAAAAAUCUAUGCUCAGCAAGUAGCAUGUCUUUUCGUCAGCGUUCACGAACAUUUUUUGUGCCAACAUUGCUUGGAACUUCCCACAGUUUAAUGAGUGGUGGCUCUGCUGGCAGGGUUGCCAGAUUUGGCUACUUUGCACUAUUUUGGCUACUUUUUUAGUCCAGUAGUGGCAGAAAAGAAUUCCUCAGUUGCUUGGCUACUCUCUCUUUAGCCUAGAUUUUAGCAAAAUUGCGAGUAUGCUGUGAUGCUGCAGCUGCUGGCUUUUGAAAAUUUCUGUACCAAACAAGGCGGCCAAGGUGCUUUUCCAGAACAGAAAAUUGAAUUUGACACUUUUCACACAAGACAAAGUAACUUUGGGUAUGUCCUUGGAUUCGUGACAAAAACUCGGACGAAACUGUUACAUGCAGCCUCAUUUUGUAGACCACCUACAUUGCUGGACACGACUUAAGAAUGUAAUUGCACCUGAGCAGGACAGUCGAAAGGACUCUGCGUCCCGGGCACCACGCAAUCAUUGAUAUUAAGAAUGGACAUCCGACAAACUGCUUGUAUCAUUGCUUAUUAUUAUGUAAAGACGGCGACUCGAGAAUAAAGUAUAGUGGCUCCACUUCGUCAUUGCA